ACCCGGAGGCCGAAUUCACUCUUGCUGGCUGGGAGAUGUUGUCGCAGAAAUGGGUUGUCAAUGGAUUCACGGAGCUUGUGUCAACAAUCCUGUCUACACUCUAGCUGCUCAAGAAGGACUUCUGAAAUCUCCUUUGAAAAGAACAGAUUUCUCAAAAGGGUUGUACUUAACAAGUGAUGGACGAGCAAUUGACCACACAACCGCUAUGAUGGCAUAUCAUAUUUUCGGUCAGAUUAGACGAGAAGCCGCCAGCCUAUUUACAAUGGGAUGUGGCAAGGAACAUGGGUCUUUAUUGAACUUUUUUAGUUUGAGAAUACAACAGGAAUUGCAGAAAUUUCCCGAGGAUCAGAGGUACGAAGUCUCUAGGCUUAUGUACGGUCUGUCUCAGAGAGUGCGUUUCCUGACCGGAGAUGAUCUGAGCAAAGUUAGUGCAGAUAAUUUUGGCAGCUAUAUAGCGAUGCCUGGUGGAAGUGUACAGAUUCCAUUGGGUUUUGUAGGUGUAUUAUCUCCGUUGCUCAAAGAGCUUCCAGAAUGCAGUGUGAAGUUUGGAAAGCCCGUCGGUCUGAUCAGAUGGGGUGCAGUACAAGGAAGAAAAAAGGGUGGCCCUAGAGCGAUUGUGCAAUGUUGCGAUGGAGAAGAGUACUGUGCAGAUUAUGUGGUGAUCACCGUGUCCUUGGGAGUUCUUAAAGAACACGCGGAAAAGAUGUUUUGUCCCGCAUUGCCUUCUAGCAAAAUGGAGGCGAUCAACAGCUUAGGAUAUGGAAACAUUGACAAAAUAUUUUUGGACUAUGAGAAGCCGUUUUGGGUAUGGUCGGAGGGUGGCAUCAAGUUUGCUUGGUCACCGGACGAGCUGUCCCAUCGAAAUGAUUGGACAAAAGGAUUAGUAUCAAUUGAGGAAGUGGAAGGCAGUAAACAUGUUCUAUGUGCUUAUAUUUGUGGUCCUGAAGCUGUUGUUAUGGAACAUUGCUCUGACGAAGAAGUAGCCGAAGGAAUGACCAAACUUUUACGGCAGUUCACUGGGGAUGCGUCUCUACCAUAUCCUUGCACGAUUCUUCGCACAAAAUGGGCCUCUGAUCCGUACUUUUGUGGAGCGUACUCGUUCUUAAACCUUAACUCUAAUGUGGGACAUCAAUGUGAUCUUAGCUGUCCGGUGCCUGGCUCAUGCGACCCAGUUCCCCCAAUUCUGCUUUUUGCAGGUGAAGCUACUUGCGCAGGUUACCAAUCGACUGUUCAUGGGUCAAGAAUUAGCGGAAUUCGCGAAGCAGAAAGAAUAGUUCAAUUGACCAAGCAAUUUGGUGGACCACCACCAAAGCUAUGAAAAUUGUCAAAACAUCCUUAUUUUACACACCGCACACCAAUAGUUAAAAUAUAGGUAUUUAAAUGCGUUAGAUUACAUAUGUCCUGAAAACUGUUUGACUAAUAAAAUAUUCAUUAUAAA